AAUGUUUAUAUUGCUGAUUCAUGGAAUCAUCGAAUAGUUGUUUGGUCACCAAAUGCAGCAAAAGGUAACAUAGUUGUUGGUGGAAAUGGAGAAGGAAAACAACCAAAUCAAUUUGCUUAUCCACAUGGUUUAGCAUUUGAUCGACAAGGUAAUCUCUAUGUUAUCGAUUGUGAUAAUCAUCGAGUACAAAAAUUUGAUAUUGACACUGAGUAA